AAUGAAUAAUUCUUAUCUUUAAAAAAAAAAGCUAUUGUUCUUGUCCAUUCCUAAAUGGCUCUCAAAUACUAUGAACUCACUAUUGCUCUCUUUUUCACUUGCUUUCCUCUCUUAUUCUCGUAAGAUCAUCUUCCUCUAAUUAUUUUUAGAGGUAUUCCUAUAAACCCUAGCCAUUCCAAUAGUGAGUGUAGUGCAAAUCAUUGAGGAUUCUAUUCUUCCUUUUUUUUUUCUUUAAAUUAAUUAUUAUUUAAGUAUGAAUCGUUUGUAAUUGUCUUAGUGAUUAAAAGCCAAUCAGAAAAAAGAAGAAGAGAGAAGAUGGGAGAGAGGAGGGUGUUGAACAAGUGCUACCCAUUGGACUUCGAUCUGAAAAAAUAUCAAAGGCUCAGAGGUUGAAAAAUCAGAAGAUCAACGUCAUCUUGAUGCUUCCGAUGAGUCUUAGAUGUCUAAAUAUUUAAUUAUUCCAGUGUUUCACCAUGGGGAGAUAUUUUAGAAUGAUUCUGAAGGAGAUAUGUGCUAUAUGCAUGGAAAAGUGAAGAGGUUUCCCUCGCUGGACCUGGAUUAUGUGAAUUUUUUUGACUUGGUGACAUUGUUUAAGGAGUUGGGUUACACAAGGUAUAAGGAGAUAUUUUGGCUAGAUAUGAGAACACCCAACAUGGAGGCUGGUCUUCAUGCCAUAAAGGAGGAUAUGGAGAACCAGAUGAGGGAAAAUAAGCUUAUGAACAGGGACAUUGAUGAAUUGCAUAUUUAUUUUGAACACGAAGUGGAUAUGGCUGAAGUAAUUGAGGAUGGUGUGGCCCUUGGGACUGUUGUGGUGAGUUCAUCAUCAUCAUCCUCUGAUGAUGGAUAUGAGACAACAGAGGAUGAGCCCUACAAGCCUCCUCUUUCUAGGUAUGAGACAGAUGACAGCAGUAGUGAUGAAGGGAUAAGAGCAAAAAAGAAAAAGAGGCGGCCAAAGAAAUCAUUGUCGGGUAAGAGACAAGUGGAUGAAGAGGCUACUGGUUAUGAAACAGAUGACAAGGAUAGUGAUGAGGAACUUAGGAACACAGAUGGUGAAGGGAGAAAAGGAGGCUAAGCUAAGAAAAAGAUUGGGGGUAAUAAGGCUUCUUCAUCUGGAUUUGGUCCUAAAGUUUCACCAAAAACUGCUAAGAAGAAGACAUCUAAAAAGUAUUCAGGUGUGAGAAGAAGACAUAUACUAAGGGAUGGGCUGUAGGAUGGAUCAAUGGAAGGCCAUAAUUCUGGGCCUGGGCCGAAUGUUGGGCGACCAAGAAGAGGGCAGAAACCAAGCCCUGUAGGUGGGACAGAGGGUGGUGACAAAAAUAAUGUGGGUGAAGGGCUUGAUAAGUUUGUCUCGGUUCCAACCAAUAUUGAGAUGGAUAGUGACUAUGAAAAGCCAUAUGAGUAUGAGAGUGAGGCCUUCAAUAGACCAAUCUCUUCAGAGGACGAGGGUAAGACAACAUAUGAUCCAUUUGAUGAAGAUACUAAAUAUGGUGAGGUUGAGUUCAAGGUUGGACAGUUGUUCCCAACAAUUGAGCUUUUCAAAAAGGAACUAAAAGACUACUUUGUUUAUGAAGGAAAGGACGUCUUAUACAUUAAGAAUGAGAAGCAUAGACUGAGGGUAGCAUGUGCAGCUGAUAAAUGUCCUUGGUUGAUAUAUAUUUCUUGGAAUUCUGCCAGUAGAUGCUUCCAGGUGAAGACCUUAAUUGAUGAGCAUUCCUGUGCUCGGGACUAUGGUAGUAACAUGGCUGACCGUCAUUGGGUGGCUUCUAAGCUAAUUAAAAAACUUCUCAUUCAACCCGACAUGAAGCCAAGACAUGCAAUGGAGCAUAUGAUAAAAGAAUACAACAUCCAGCUGAACCCAAUAAUGAUUGCAAGGGCCCUGAAAGUUGCUAGGAAAGAAUUUUAUAAAGCAUUUCAAGGAUCAGCAAACUAAACAAUUGGUAUGGGAAUGUGCACGAUGCACCACAUUGCAAGAGUUCAACACUGCUAUAGAGAAAAUGAAGAAAGUGAAUACGGGAGCUUGGGAGUAUCUUCAAAGGUUUGAGCCUGCAGUGUGGACUAAAGCUUACUUCAGUCAUGGUCCCAAAGUCGACAACAUCACGAACAACAUGUGCGAGGUGUGGAACGCGAAGAUUGUCGAAUACCGUGGAAAACCAAUUUUGACGAUGUGUAAAGACUUACGGUGCUACCUGAUGAGAAAAAUGGCCACACAUAAGAGAAAAUUGGAGGCUUGUUCUGGUCUAUUGGCCCCUGUACAACAGAAAAAACUAGACAAAUUUAUUAAGCCUAGUGCCAAUAAGUGGAGAGCAAUUUGGGCUAGAGACAACGACAGAGUUUUAUUUGAAGUGUAUAGGGAAAACCACAAGGUAGGGGUAAAUCUGCAUCAAAGGACCUGUACCUGCAACGUUUGGCAACUCACUGGUAAUUCUAUGUCC